GUAUGCGAGUGUGUGCGCGCGUGUGAGUGUGAGUGUGUGCGCGCGCGUGGCCUUCCGGCAGCUGUCCCGGCCCCCACCCAUCGCACCCGGCCCUGCGCCUGGCCGGCUCCCCCGCGCCUGCGAGGCGACCCCCGUGUGCCCCGGGUUCAAAGGCCCUGCGCGGCAGCUCCAGCCCCUCCGGGGGGCGGGGAGGCGAGGGGGGUGGUGCGGGAAGCAGAAGAGCCGGAGCCCACAGCCGGCCAGCCCUGCGCCGGGAUGGGUAGCGCGCUCUGAAGUUCGAGACCGUCGCAGCCAACUCCUGGCCGCAGCCCGGGACGCAGCCAGCCAGCGGCCGGCCUCGAAGACCGCCUAGCCGGAGGGCGAGGCCCGCCGUGCCCGGCACGAGCCCCCUUUCACGGCCACAGGCGUUCGUCCUCCGGCCCGGUGCUCCCGCGGCCGAUCGGGGUUCAUGGAGCUGCGGCUGUGGUUCCUUUUCGGGCUCGCAGUGACCUCUGCCGCAGGAUUGGUGCCUCGCCCCCAGCCUGGGGACGCUGGCAGGAGCGGCGAGCCCCGGGCCCCCUCUGCCGCCACAUCGGAGGGGGACGCAGAGGACACUGUGACCACAGCAGCGGUGCGCGGUCCAAGCCCCAGAAGCCCCGGGCAGGAGGAGGGACCUGGUCGGUUUGGGGAGCAGGCGGCCAAGGGGGGCCCCGUGCACCACCGAGCCCGGCGCUGUACAUGUUUCACCUACAAGGACAAAGAGUGUGUCUACUAUUGCCACCUGGACAUCAUCUGGAUCAACACUCCUGAACGGACUGUGCCCUAUGGGCUGUCCAACUACAGAGGCAGCUUCCGGGGCAGGAGGUCGGCCGGGACCUUUCCGCGGAGCUCACAGCCGUCGAAGGGGACGCCGCGCUGCGCCUGUGCGGAGAGCGAGGACGCCGCCUGCGUGCAUUUCUGCACCUGGACCCCGGCUGCCCGCGGGAAUUCAAGGACGGCACAAACACCUGACAAAGAAGCAGGAAAGCAGGCUGGCGGUGCUGCCGGGGGCGUGUGUCCGAGGAGCAGCUGAUUCUGGACAGAGGUGAAUUAUAGCAGCUGGGCACCAGGCCCUCCGAGUCCUCCGGUUCAUUUUAGGAAUUUUUUUUUUUUUUAAACCCACUUGUCUUUUUGUGUGAUCCUGAGGGUUUCCUGCAGCGCAACUGGGUUUAUCUGUCAUUCAGUCGAUCAGAAAUCGUUAUUACUGAGUUGCCUACACAUCUGCAACGGGAUGGUAAUUGAUGUUCAUAGUAAUGGCCUGGGGGGGGGCGGCUUGGGGUCCUACAGGGUCUGAUCAAGGGAGGAUUAAACCCUGCUUAGUAUCCGGGAGGCUUUCCAAAUUGGUGGCAGAUUGCUUUGAGCCGUCUGGAGAGGGUUCUGUCAGCAUCCACAAUGAAAAUGCAGAGGAGAGGCAGAGACAGACCCCAGGAGAGCAUGAAUUAGGCCCCAGCUGGUCCCCACUUUGCCUCUUCUUCCUUUUUCUCCUCUUCCUCACCCCAAAACCAAACCCUUCUCAGCAAGGGAGGGACGUGAUUAAAACCACCGUCCAUCGUGGCAUUUAUUCAAUUCAGCAAAGAUUUGUUGAGCACCUGUGAUGUGCAGGGCACCGUCCCAGAUGCUGGGGACACCACAGGGAAUAGGGCAGAAGGUCAGCCUUCCCGGCACUUAAAUAGUGGGGGAAAAAGAUAGCAAACCAAUACAUUAAACACAGAAUGGGGCAUAUGAAGGAGAGCAGGAAGCAGGCUGGGGGCAGGAAGUGU